AUCAAUCCUCGCAGUGCAUGCUGGGAUGCGUCUGUUCGUCGCCACCUUCAGCCAUGAUGUCCUUGUGACACCGUAAAAACUCACUUCUCGUUAGAAAUCUCUCUUCUAUCCAGCAUUAUGGUACAGACAAGGGGUCCAGAGGAAUGUUGGAUAAAUCCUUACGGCGCUCUAGGUCGUCCGGAGAGUCUGAUCGUGGAUGAAGUGGACCCGCCGAACUAUCUCAACCGCUACACCGGGAUAUUCGUGGUCUGGGGGUUGGGGACAGCUGUCCUUACAAAUGUUUUGAAAAGACGACCAUAUUACGCAGGUGUCCAGCGGCACAUUCUCUUUGGUGGCCUUGGCGCGGUGGCUGCCUACUAUUUCGCCAAAGCUGAAAACAACAGAACUGCCAGAAGAGACUUGAUCGUCAAGGACUACAUCAAGAAACACCCAGAGGACUUCCCAGACCCGGGAGGAAAGACGUUUAACGAUGUGCUGUACCCGUGGGCUCCCAUCCGCUGAGUGCGGCCAUGAAGACAACAGACCACCAGCCCCCCUCCCCCUUCAGAAUUUCAGCAGAGUUUAAACAGCAGCCAGGCAGGCAGGCCCCAGCAGCUUGUGAUGGUCCAUACAGCAGCAGUCUUGCUUUCGCUUCAGCUAACCUAGUAGUAACCCGGCGUUUGGCACACAGCGCGUCUCCUGUAACCCAGCUUGUGCAGGGCUUUGUUUAUGAGAGUAGCUAGCCGUGAUAGUUCUAGUCAAUGUGGUUUAUAUGUUUAUAGAGAUAAGCACUGAUGGAAUGGUGCUAUUUGAAGGAAUGGACCUUCCCGUAUAAAGGGAAGGCAUUCUGGAACGUUUUGAAUUUUCCUACUUCUUUGCUCUGGUUUUCCCAAGAUCCAAAGGCAGCCCUCCUUACCCUGACAGGCUUUGUUUGGCAUUGUGCUUUAGGCCUUUAGGCAAUUUUUAUUUGUCAGCUGCACAGGGUAUGGACGGACUGCCUCUGGCGUUUGGGAGACUUCUUUCCUAUCGUAGUACCACACAACCAACAGUGUAACAACAGUCAGUGAUGUGAAAGGAUAUUGGAAGUGCUUGUCGUAUGUACUAGUCAUUGUGAUAUCACCUUGGCGUGUGAUAUUUUCGUUCGUCUGUGUGCCUUGAUAAAAGAAAGUUUGCUGUAUGUGUGUGUGUGUGAGUGUGUCUGGAAAGGAAACAUUGAACAUGGGGUUAUAGGACUCAGGCAGGGAGGAAGAGUGACAGAUUGUGAAUAACAAUGGAAGAAGGACUUCACCAUUAAAUGGUGUGCUUGUUACCAAGAGAGGUCAUCUGUGAGAAAUUACAUUGAUCUGGUGUGCGUUGAACUCCUCGCCUGAGAACACAAGUGGCCGAAAGGAAAACAGUUGCCUGUAUGUAGACUGGACUUGAGGAGGGAUCCGACCUCUGGACUUUUUUCUGUCUUUUCUCUAUAAUGUGUUAUGAUAACCAGGAGUUCGUAAAGAAUUGUACAUAGAAGAAACUGGACUUGCUGCUGUAUAACCUGUUGGCUGCUUAAAAUAAAGAGUAGUAUGGUUGACA